AUGGAAGAAAAUACUGUAACGAUAAAUAUGAAUCACGAGAUAGAACAAUCAGAAGAAGAGGAUUUUCGACAUCCGUCCGAUCCUAUCCCCUCAACAUCAUUAUCUUACCCACAUUUUUUACCAUUAAAUUUAUUUUCACUUAGCCAAAAUGGUUCCCACAGCUGGUAUGUGAUUUUCGAAGAAUACCUUCAAAUGCAACUCGACACAAUACGUCACCAGUAUGUUUAUGAACAAGCGGGGAAUUAUCGGCAGCUCUCGAAUUCAAUUAUUUGGGACCAGUGGAUAUGCUGCUUAGCUAAGAAUCUUACAUAUGAGCAAUGGGAAUCAUAUUGGGUGAAUUACUUGGCUUUAUAUGGCACAUCAAAUUUGCCUGAACACAUUAUCAGCACAUUCAACUAUGCUUUAGAGCAAUAUCAAAAUUUAACGAAAUGGCUUGACGAAAGGCAGCAAUAUUAUGGUUAG